ACGCCUUCCUACGCCUCCGCCAUGCAGUUCAGCACCCUCGCCCUCGCCCUCACCGCGCUCGUCUCGAACGCGCUCGCGAUCACGGUCUCGUACGACCAGACGUACGACAACGCGGGCCAGGACCUCGGCGCGACCGCGUGCUCGGACGGCCCGAACGGGCUGCAGACGAAGGGCUUCACGACGCUCGGCUCGCUCCCGCACUUCCCGAACGUCGCGGGCGCGGCGGCGGUCGUGUCGUGGAACUCGCCCAACUGCGGCUCGUGCUGGCAGCUGACGUACGAGGGCCGGAGCAUCAAUGUGCUCGCGGUGGACCAUGCCGACGAGGGCUUCAACCUUGCGCUUGCGGCGAUGAACACGUUGACGAAUGGCCAGGCGGUGUUCUUGGGGAGGAUUGAUGCGGAGGCGACUCAGGUCGACGCGUCCCAGUGCGGCCUUUGAGGAUGCAUGAGUGGAUAUCUUCUAGCUUUCGCGUUUUGCUUGCUCAUGGAC